CUUCCGUAUCAAAGAAAAGGCAUUUAUCAAUGGAUCAUCCAUGGAAACACUUCGGCUUAACAUCAACUUCCUCAAGGACAUUCCUCCACAAAUUUUCCGUCCACUUGAAAACCUUAAGACACUUGACUUGGGAAGAAACUUGUUGAAAAAUCUACACAACAUGACGUUUUCUGGUUUGACAGAACUAAUGGUCUUAGGUCUUCAGUCAAACAGAAUCUCAAAUCUCCCAGAAAAUGUCUUUGAUCAAACCUCAAAUUUGACUUACCUGUAUCUUCAAUACAAUAACAUCUCUUACAUCGCGGAUGGAGCAUUUCAACAUCUCUCUAAGCUUGUGACGCUGUAA